AUGGACCGUCACAUUGUCAAUAGUCUCGAACGCAAUCUUGGAAUUGAUUUAAAUGGUGAUGGAUACAUUGGAGGACAAGGUUUCUGGAGUUCGCUCGAACGAGCAACAGGCAUUGAUUUUAAUGGCGAUGGCCUCAUUGGUCGCCCGUUCGAUGUAAUGCCUCGUUAUCCAAUGGCAUAUCCUUCAAUGGGCUAUGGUUUUCGCGGCUAUCCUGUGAGAGGCUAUCUUAUAUUUUAA